AUGCCUAGGCUUUCGUACGUCCGGAUUGGUGGUUUCCAUUCAUAUGCGCCCUUGUGUGGGGAUGAUAAACCGUCGUCAAAAUUAGAAAGCGCUGUCAAUGCCUUGAAAGAAGAAAAGAAGGAUAUUUCUGACGGAAAAGCUGGGCCGGCGUUGGAAGAUGAAAAGAAGCUUUCGAAACCUGGCGAAUUGGCUGCACCGCCGUCUGUACCUGCAACAGCUUUGAAGCCUUCAAUAUGGGAACGUAUCAAGAAAGAGGCCGCACAUUAUUACCACGGUUUUCGCCUUCUGUUCCUGAACGUGCGCGUGUGCAAAAAAUACGUGAAAAAAAUUUUACGAGGCGAAACGUUGUCACGGCGCGAGAAUCAGCAGCUUGUUCGGACAGUAUCUGAUCUGUUUCGGCUACUACCGUUCUCCAUCUUCAUAAUUGUUCCAUUCAUGGAACUCCUGCUUCCUGUAGCGCUGUGGCUCUUCCCCAACAUGUUGCCGUCUACAUUUGAGAGUCAAAAUGAGAAGGAAGAAAAGUUGAAGAAAACUUUUCGUAUCAAACUGAAGAUGGCGAAAUUUUUGCAAGUUACGCUGGAUGAAAUGGCUGCUGAAGCGAAAAGAAGUUCGCAUGAAACCUCCGAUAAAGCGAAGGAACUCGUGGAAUUUUUUCAGAGCGUUCGCCAAGGAGGUGGAAAAGUCAGUCCGGAAAAAAUUAUCCGCUUCAGUAAACUUUUCGAGGACGAGUUGACUUUGGAUUCUUUGAAUCGGCAGCAGCUCGUAGCCCUCUGUAGAAUGCUGGAGUUGCAACCUAUCGGCACUCAGGCCUUCCUUAGGUGGCAACUCCGAAUGAGAUUGCGAAGUUUGAAAGCCGAUGAUAAGCUCAUCUUAAAGGAAGGAGUCGACAGUCUUACUGUUUGGGAACUGCAGCAAGCGUGUAAAUCUCGCGGUAUGAAAGCCUUCGGUGUUUCCGAAGAUCGAAUGCGUCAAAACCUCAACGAAUGGCUCGUUCUAAGUUUGAACGAGAAAGUUCCAACUUCUUUGUUGCUUUUGUCUCGCGCAUUGUAUAUUCCUGAUGAUCUCUCACCGGAAGUGCAGUUGGAAGCAACUAUUUCGCAGUUGCCGGAGAGCGUCGCUCGUAAGGCAAAGGUCAGAGUAGACGAGAAGGAAGGCAAAGUCAGUUACAAAGAUCAAUACGAAAUCGUGAAAGAAGAAGAAGCAAUCAUUGAGCUAGAAAGCGAAGAGCGAAGACUGGAAGAACUGAAGUUGAUGGAACAAGCGGCGAAAAAAAUUCACAUGCCGGUAGCCGAAUCGAUUUUGGGGGAAGGAGCGAAAGCUGUAGCCCAGUUAUCUGCAAUUACUGGAGAAUCCACUGGAGCUAUCGUUAAUCGCAUGGCACAAUCCAAUGUUCUGAAAGAUCGAGCCCCGAUAUUGGAGGCACGCCAAAAAGAGUUACCGAAGUACGAGGAGGACAUGCAAGACAUUGCCGACAUUCCCAAGCGUCCAGCUGCUNCACCGGAAGUGCAGUUGGAAGCAACUAUUUCGCAGUUGCCGGAGAGCGUCGCUCGUAAGGCAAAGGUCAGAGUAGACGAGAAGGAAGGCAAAGUCAGUUACAAAGAUCAAUACGAAAUCGUGAAAGAAGAAGAAGCAAUCAUUGAGCUAGAAAGCGAAGAGCGAAGACUGGAAGAACUGAAGUUGAUGGAACAAGCGGCGAAAAAAAUUCACAUGCCGGUAGCCGAAUCGAUUUUGGGGGAAGGAGCGAAAGCUGUAGCCCAGUUAUCUGCAAUUACUGGAGAAUCCACUGGAGCUAUCGUUAAUCGCAUGGCACAAUCCAAUGUUGUAAGUCGACGAGGAAGUGAAGUUCAUGAGAAAGAGCCUGUCGUCGGUGAUCACUCACAGGUUGUCAGUCAGGAAGUCCUCGAAAGUCUUGAGGAUGCCAUCGAACAUCUGCAAACUGAGAAGCAGAAAGCUGUUCAAAGCGAACGAGAAAAGCUCGAAGCGAUUAAGCAAGAAAUUCUGGAAUAUUCCGAAGAUGUCAAAGACUUGGAGGAAAUCGCCAAGAGUUCUGAGGUUAAGGUUCGAGAGAGCCGUGCUGCCAAAAUCCUCCACAAGAAAGUGCAUUCGAUGAUCAGAAAAAUGGAUAAAGUUGUGAAUCAGUUGGAGCUGGGUAAAACUGAGCUGGAAAGCCAGAUCGAAGAGAAAGGUUCAACCGAGAAGAGAGAACGAGAACUUGUUCGAGUCGAAGACUUGCUUGUGGCUAUCAGUGAUCUUCAAAAAGUGCCUGAUGAUACCUUGANUCAAAUCAUGCGUGGCGGAAUGCUCGAUAAAAAGGGCCCGUUGAGUUUCGGAAAACAGUCCGAUGUCAAAGACUUGGAGGAAAUCGCCAAGAGUUCUGAGGUUAAGGUUCGAGAGAGCCGUGCUGCCAAAAUCCUCCACAAGAAAGUGCAUUCGAUGAUCAGAAAAAUGGAUAAAGUUGUGAAUCAGUUGGAGCUGGGUAAAACUGAGCUGGAAAGCCAGAUCGAAGAGAAAGAAGUUUUUCACGGACUUGAUACCUUGAAGAAGCGUAUCGCCGAAGUUCUACGUUUGUUCGACGAAGACAAAGAUGGAGCAGUUGACGUGAAGCUCGUUGUACGGGUGCUUGAACUCCUCGGCAAAGAAAACAUCAAGCUGAGUGACAAGAUGGUCGGCGAAUUAAUGAACCUUGUCGAUAGGCAGAAAAUUCUCGACGAAUUGGAUUCCCCCAAGCGUGAACGUCAGGCGUCGGAUUCAGCUGUUGCUGACCGCCAGAAUUCAACUACAGGGUCGCAGAAAGUGAACGAGAAUCGGCGAAACGUUUAA